UUUUGUGAGGAAUACAACGGUCAAGAGAAGGGGUCAAUUUUAACCCGGUUUGAUUUUUGUCAAAUUAACCUACGGGGUCGUGAGACAAGACAUGCGCACAUUGUAGGUGGCGCGAAAGGCGAAAGGGACUUGUCAUCAAAAAUGUCAGAAACCAAGGACAUCCGCAGUUUUUUUGGAGUAACAACAUCCAAGUCUAAAUCAAAUCAGAUCAGCAAGUCAUCAUCUGGCAAGAGACAACCUAAUGGCACUGGAGGAAAGCGAAAGAGACAACUGGAAGAUGAAGAUGAUGAUUUCACAGAUUCAGGGAAGAGCAGAAAAGGAACUGGAAGCAAGCCAGCUAAAAUAAAAAAGUCGGCCGUCAUAUAUGAUUCAGAUUCUGAUGAAGAACCCACAUCUUCCAAAGGAAAAGGCAAGACUGGUUCAAGUUCUUCCAAGGCUGCCUCCUCUAAACAGUCCAAGAAACUCUUGUCUCCUUCUCCUCCUAAGCAAAAGGUCAUAACUGUGUCAGAUUUCUUCGGCUCCAGUCCAGUACAAAGAUCGGCUAAGAAAGUGCCUGCCAAGAAGCAAGAACUGGAUAUUGAAAUCACCCCAAAGAAACCUAAGCUAACAGUUGAGCAGCAUGAUGACCCAGACUUUCAGGAGACAUUGGAGCUACUUGACAAGGACCACAAAACACCUACAAAGAAGCUGAGAACUGAGGACAUCAAAUCAGCAGAAAAACCCUCCCCUUCAAGGAGAAGUCCAAGGAUCUAUAAGAUGGAUGUCAGUCCUGCUUUAAAGAAAGGUAAAGGCUUAGCAAGUAAGAUAGCAGAGAAGGUCAAAGCUACGAGUAAAACUUUGGUGGAAGAGACUCCAGAGAGAGGUGAAGGUGAAAGGUCACGGUCAAGGUCAAAUGUCAUUGUGGAGGAAACACCACAGAGACCCUCCAACAGAAGAGCUCAGACAUCUAAUGUCACACCCUCCAAAGCGACGCCCACAAAAGCCACACCCAAGAGAGUCACACCCAAGAAAGGUACGCCUUCUAAAGCUACACCAUCCAAACCAGCAUCCUCUACACCAUCCAAACCAGCAUCCUCUACACCAUCCAAACCAGCAUCCUCUACACCAUCCAAACCAGCAUCCUCCAAAGAUACACCCACUGCCAAACCUGCUCCAUCAAAAACCACUCCCACAAAGACCCAAAGUCCUGUGGGCGGGGAUUCAGCUGAAAAGAAGAAAGGAGGAGGGGCUAAUUAUCGAAGAUAUCUUAGUAGAGACGGACCACGAUCACUGGGAGCAAAGGAGAUGCCACAAGGUGAGGAGAAUUGUUUAGCAGGUCUUACGUUUGUCAUCACUGGUGUUCUGGAUUACGUAGAGAAGGAGGAAGCCAAACAAGCUAUUGAACAUCUUGGAGGCAAAGUCACCUCAGGAGUCACUAAGAAGACGUCUUAUCUAGUAACGGGACGUGACCCUGGUCCAGCCAAAAUCCAAAAGGCUGAAGGACAGGGCACCACGAUUCUUACUGAAGAUGAACUGUUUGACCUCAUCAGGACACGACCAGGAAAGAAACCAUCAAUAAGUAAGGAGGCCAGCAAGCCCAAAGCUGAACCUGUUCCUACAAAGCAACCCUCACUAACAACGCCUUCGACCAAGAAAAUGGAGUCACCAUCAACAUCAUCCAUGCCGGCCGUAGAUUCCAAACCUACUCCAGCAACUGACCAAUCAGGCGAGAGCUUACUGUGGGUGGACAAAUACAAACCUCAGAAUAUGAAGCAGCUGAUUGGUCAACAGGGAGACCGAAGCUGCGCUAAUAAACUUCUGAAGUGGCUGAAGCGGUGGCAUGAUAAUAACUUUGGGCCCAACAAGGAGAGAGUUCGCUACAACAAGGACGAUGGAUUUGGUUUUAAGGCAGCGUUACUCUCAGGCCCUCCAGGAAUUGGCAAGACAACUACCGCAGAACUUGUUUGCAAGGAGCUUGGUUUCAAGACGUUGGAACUGAACGCAAGUUCAUCAAGAAGCAAGAAGACGUUGGAUCUCAUAAUGAAGGAAUUCCUCCACACUGACUCAAUCGAAGGCUACUUCAAGGUCAAAGGUGAAAGGAGCAAGGGUCAAGAGGUCAAAGUUCACCGGCAGUGUCUGUUGAUGGAUGAGGUGGAUGGGAUGUCUGGGAAUGAAGACAGGGGAGGUGUUCAGGAAUUCAUUCAGAUGAUCAAGAAGUCCCAUAUUCCAGUGAUCUGUAUGUGUAAUGACAGGAACCAUCCCAAGAUAAGAUCUCUCGCCAAUCACUGCUUUGAUCUUCGCUUCUACCGGCCUCAGGUCAAACAGAUCAAGGGCGCCAUGUUGUCAAUUGCGUUCAAAGAGGGCGUGUCCAUCCCGCCCCAAUCCAUGGAUCACAUCAUCACUGCGUCCAAUCAGGAUAUUCGACAGGUGCUUCAUAACAUGAGUAUGUGGAGUGCAGGGAUGAAGAAAUUGAGUCAAGACCAGGUGGAUUCCGAUGCUGAGAAAGCUAAGAAAGACCUUAAACUGGGACCAUGGGAUGUCUUGAAGCAAGUCUUUGCUUGUGAUGCAGAAGCAGAGAAGAUGACACUAACAGAUAAGAUGGGUCUCUUCUUCCAUGAUUACUCCAUCGCUCCGCUGUUUGUUCAAGAGAACUAUCUCUCAGUUGCACCCAAGAAAGCAAAGGGUGACAUUAAGAAACAUCUCAGUCUUCUAAGCCAAGCAGCGGACAGCAUCUGCAGCGGUGAUUUAGUGGAUAGAGUGGUACGCUCCUCACAACGAUGGAGCCUACUUCCUACACAGGCCAUCUUUGCAAGUGUUGUGCCAGGUGGGGCAAUGAAGGGUUACAUGCGAGGUAUGAUCACGUUCCCUAGCUGGUUAGGAAAGAAUUCAACAAGGAACAAGAAUCGUCGCCUGCUACAGGAAAUUCAGCAACAUAUGAGAUUAUCUUCCUCAGGCAGCAUUAAUGACAUCAACCUUGACUACGUACCUCGUCUGCGUGACUUCUUGACCCGACCUUUGCUGACCCAGGAGACAGAGGGUGUGUCAGAGGUUGUAGAGUUGCUCAAUAGCUAUGAUCUGACUAGAGAAGACUUUGAUACAGUACUAGAAGUGAGUCAGUUUGAAGGAAGGAAGAAGCCUAUGGCAGGAGUUCCACCCAAGGUGAAAGGUGCCUUCACACGAGCAUUCAACAAGGAGGGUCACAUGGUGCCAUAUGCAUAUGGCGACAUCAGCAAGAAAGGUAAGGGUGCCAUGGCAACAGAUGCGAUGGAAGGCUAUGGUGAGGGAGAGGAAGGGGCGGAGACUGUCAUAGAGGAGGAUAGUGAUGACGAUGACAUCAGCAAGAAUGCUAUGAUUAAGGUCCAAGCUGCCAAGGGUCAGACAAGCAGCAAAGCUAAGGCCAAAGGUGACGGGUCAAAGGGCAAAGCUCCAGCUAAAGGAAGGGGAACUGCGAAAGGAAAAACAAAAGCCAAAAAGUAGAUAUGGACAUGUCAAACAAAAGUUACAAAAUAUAUAUAGUAAACUGGAGUCUCUAGCAUACCAAGAACACACUGGAUGGCUUAUUAUAGUUGUAAAUGUGAUGUUCAGUGAUUUAAUUUGGUCAUCAGGUUACCUUGCUAUUUCAAAGUGCCUCCAUAUCGUUAACUGUACACUUUCAUGGCAUAAAUAAAUAAAAAAAAAAAAAUAGGCAGUUGUAAAUUCCUUGAUACUUCAUUAUACACCUCGUUAAUUGCUGCUUACAUCAAAGCUUUAAAAUGCACAAACAAAUUAAUAGUGAAGAUAUAUGCCCAUCCCCCUCCCUCACCCCUACCUUACCACACCCUACGCCUGCCCCACCCCAAACUGCUCCUCGUCAGAUCUCAAAGUUUGGCUCAAUUUUUAAAGCGUCAGGUUGUGGAUUUUUGGUCCAUUGCAUAACGCAUACUGUAUACAAAUCCAUGUACUUUGUAUACAUGGUGUAAAAUUAUCCGGGAUGUGCAUUUGAUCACUCCAACUGCAGUCCUUGCCUCUAAGAGAAGUCGGGAGAGGGACAAUUGUGUUUUGCAUACAUGUUUUGUAUAAAGUUGUCAUGUCUUUUAUAAAACAAGUAAUGCAUGACUCUAUAAUGUUUAAGAGCUGUAUCUUGUGCUAUGCAUGAAAAGUUCUCAUAAUUUCCCUAUACUCAAGGUAUACAUUAUUUUGGAAGUACACAUACACUUGGUGUAAUUGGGUAUAUUUUUGUAAUAAUGGUUUCAUAAUCAGUGGGUGAUUGAAAUAAAUACAACUUGUCACCACA